AUGCACACCAACUGCAGAGGUGGGGAAUUUUCCAAGCCAGGUCUUCAGGAGCCUGUGGUGGGAGGGAGACUUCUGGAAGCACCACAGAUCCUCCUGGAGGCGUCGCAAAAGGCGGAUUUUUGCUUGGUCCUCCAGGUUCCCCGUCCUGGAGAUUCUGACAUUUCUUCUCCCUACGGAGGUUCCCGACCACAAGCACCAAAGCAGAGGGGCAGGCAGCACACGGCCAGGCAGCCAGAGUACCAGCCCAGCCAUGGUCCCCGAGGCUCUGUGCCCUCCCUCCCUCCACAGAUGAGUGAACGCCAAGAGUUCCAAGCCUCGGAGCUUGACUUCCUCCUGGAAAACUCUUCCUAUGACUACGGAGAAAACGAGAGUCACUCUUGCUGCCCCUCCCCACCCUGCCCGCAGGACUUCAGCCUCAACUUCGACCGGGCCUUCCUGCCCGUCCUCUACAGCCUCCUCUUCGUGCUGGGGCUGCUGGGCAAUGGCGCCGUGGCGGCCGUGCUGCUGAGCCAGCGGGCGGCCCUCAGCAGCACCGACACCUUCUUGCUGCACUUGGCCGUGGCUGACGCACUGCUGGUGCUGACGCUCCCGCUCUGGGCGGUGGACGCAGCCGUCGAGUGGGUCUUCGGCUCCGGCCUCUGCAAAGUGGCGGGUGCCCUCUUCAACAUCAACUUCUACGCGGGGGCCCUCCUGCUGGCCUGCAUCAGCUUCGAUCGGUAUCUGAGCAUCGUGCAUGCCACCCAGCUCUACCGCCGGGGGCCCCCGACCCGCGUGGCCCUCACCUGUGUGGCGGUCUGGGGGCUCUGUCUGCUCUUUGCGCUCCCGGACUUCAUCUUCCUGUCUGCCCACCACGACAAGCGCCUCAACGCCACCCACUGCCAGUACAGCUUCCCGCAGGUGGGCCGCACGGCCCUGCGCGUUCUGCAGCUGGUCGCCGGUUUCCUGCUGCCCCUGCUGGUCAUGGCCUAUUGCUAUGCCCGCAUCCUGGCUGUGCUGCUGGUCUCCAGGGGCCAGCGGCGGCUCAGAGCCAUGAGGCUGGUGGUGGUGGUGGUGGUGGCCUUUGCCCUCUGCUGGACCCCCUACCACCUGGUGGUGCUGGUGGACACCCUCAUGGACCUGGGGGCCGUGGCCCGCAACUGUGGCCGAGAAAGCAGUGUGGACGUGGCCAAGUCGGUCACGUCGGGCAUGGGCUACAUGCACUGCUGCCUCAACCCUCUGCUCUAUGCCUUUGUGGGUGUCAAGUUCCGAGAGCGGAUGUGGAUGCUACUUAUGCGCCUGGGCUGCCCCGACCAGAGGGGCCACCAGCGGCAGCCUCCAGCUUCCCGCCGGGAUUCAUCCUGGUCUGAGACCACAGAGGCCUCCUACUCAGGCUUGUGAGGCUGGGAUGGGGGAUCCCCUUCUCCCACGCAGCCCGACUCCCCCCACAUUCCAGACUCCUCCCUCGCUCGCUCCCCAGACACACACUCCUUUGA